AACUGAAUGUGAUCGAUUUUUAAAUGCUAUGUUCAUAUUACCAAAAUGGUCUGAAGUUGAUGCAAUUAACUUAAAUAAACUUGAAUUUUUAAAGAAUCCUGUUAUCAAAGUUCUUGCUAAACAUACUGAUGACCAAGAAGCUAAAAAAGCUGAUUCUGAUAUUGCUAAAGGUCUUGAAGCACAACUUUUAUUAGCUAAAGAUGCUCGAAUUAUGUUAACAACAAAUUUAUGA